AUGUUUUUCUUCAAGGCAGCCGCUGCAGUCACAUUGCUCGCUGGAAUAACUUCAGCUCAAGUAGCGAAGACUCUCUGUGGUGGAAAGAAUUACACUUAUGACUCUCUUGCAGGGUACGGAUUGGUACCGAGUAACGCUCGAGACAAAUUCGGUGACACUCUAGGCGGAUGGGGUUCAGCUAUUGCACUCGAUAGAGCACAAUGGAAAAAGCUCCCGGAUGGAAGCUACACUGGUAUCCUCUAUGCUUUGCCGGAUCGAGGAUGGAAUACACAAGGCACACUAAACUACCAGUCACGUAUCCAUAAGUUUACUAUCGCUUUCAAGCCUGCCCCGGAUGCCACUGUUACAAAACCUGCUGGAAACAACUUAGUUUUCACAUAUGUCGACAGUUUACUCCUCUUCGCACCAGACGGAGUCACGCCCACCACAGGUCUAGACGCCGAUGUUAGCGGCCAUCUCUCUUACCCAGGCUUUCCAGAUCUUCCUGCUGCGACUAUCGUGGGAGAUGGGUGGGGAGGACCUGGACCAGGUGGCAAACGUCCUUCUGUCGAUGGCGAGGGAUUAGCUCUUGGUGCAAAUGGCAGUUUCUGGAUAUCUGAUGAGUAUGGUCCAUACGCCUAUCAUUUCGACAGUAACGGCAAGAUGCUUGCUGCCAUACGCCCAAAUGAUGCCAUAAUUCCAAUGCGCAAUGGCACCGAGUCCUUCUCAGCAGACGCAGCCGAUAAUCCUACAGGUCGCUCAAACAACAGAGGAUUCGAAGGCAUGGCCAUAACCGGAGACGGCCGAAACCUCUAUCUCCUAUUACAAACCGCCGCAAACCAAGAAGGUGGACUCAAGAACCCAUCUCGUCGAUAUGUCCGUCUCGUAAAAUACGACAUCUCCGUCCCCUCCAAACCUCGAUACGCCCGGGAAUUCGUCGUCCCACUACCGUUCGUCGACGCAACCAACUCAAAAGUAGCAGGACAAUCCGAACUCUUCAACAUCCAAGACGGCUCAUUCUUCGUUCUUUCCCGUGACUCAAACGCUGGACAUGGAGCAGCCUCAUCGGAAUCGCUGUACCGUCAUAUCGAUAUAAUCAACAUCGACACCGCAACAGACAUCAAAGGGAGCACCUACGACUGCGCAACCUGCAGCAUCGCCUCCGCGAAAGGCGUGCUUAAACCGGGCAUCACACCCGCCGAAUACUGCCCUUUCAUCGACUUCAACCUCAACUCCCAACUCAACCGUUUCGGUCUCCAUAACGGCGGGGCUCAAGACGCGAACCUGCUUAACGAGAAGUGGGAGAGUAUCGGCAUGGUACCUGUAGAUGGAUUGAUUGGAGAUGAUGAUGAGUGGUUCGUGUUCAGUGUUAGUGAUAAUGAUUUUAUCACGCAGGAUGGUGCGAUGCAUUUUGGGCAGUUGCCGUAUAAAGAUCCGUCGGGGUAUAACCUUGAUAGUCAGGCGUUGGUUUUCAAGGUUAAGUUGCCGGUGCAUUCGAGGCCUUUUCCGAGAGGUGGUAGCUAG